ACUACUACAAAUAUCCACCUUGAAGUGAUUCGAAAACCCGUCCCAGAUGUCCCUUUCUUCAGGGAAGCACCAGAAUUUCGCAAUGGGAACACAUGCAACCGUGAAAGGAUCCACAUUUCCAUGACAUUAGACUCGAACUAUCUAAGGGGCACCAUGGCUGCUGUUCUCUCCGUUCUUCAACAUUCCACAUGCCCAGAAAACGUUGAGUUCCAUUUCCUUUGGGCCAGGUUCGAGCCGCAGGUGUUCCUUAGCAUCAGGUCCACCUUCCCUUACCUCAAGUUCAAGAUCUACCGCUUUGAAUCUAAUAGGGUACGCGGGAAAAUCUCAAAAUCCAUUCGCCAAGCAUUGGACCAACCUCUAAACUACGCAAGAAUCUACCUUUCUGACCUUCUCCCAGGUUAUGUCAAGCGAGUGAUAUACCUAGACUCUGACAUUGUCGUUGUUGAUGACAUUGCAAAUCUUUGGGAGGUUGACUUGGAAGGCAAGGUAUUGGCUGCACCAGAAUAUUGCCAUGCAAAUUUCACUGCGUAUUUCACGGACUUGUUCUGGUCUGAUCCAGAACUUUCUAGAACAUUCGAGGGUCGGAAUCCUUGUUAUUUUAACACGGGGGUUAUGGUGAUGGACGUGGAAAAAUGGAGGGAAGGAAAAUAUACCCAAAAGGUGGAGGAUUGGAUGGCAGUGCAGAAGCAAAAGAGGAUUUACCACUUGGGAUCUUUGCCUCCUUUUCUGCUGGUUUUGGCUGGGGAAUUGAAGAGUGUGGAUCAUAGGUGGAAUCAACAUGGGUUAGGAGGGGACAACCUUGAAGGAAAAUGUAGGAAUCUGCAUCCUGGGCCUAUUAGUUUGUUGCAUUGGAGUGGAAAGGGUAAACCUUGGUUGAGGUUGGAUUCAAGGAGGCCUUGUUCUGUUGAUCAUCUAUGGGCACCCUAUGAUCUCUAUCGUCCAAGUACUCAUUCUUUGGAAGAAUGA